AUGCCUCAUUCAACCGUCGAUGACGAGCGCUCAAGCUCUACUGUCGCCCAGCCGCCCGCUCGAGAGGAUGCCGUCCAGCAGCCCCCUAGUCAAGAUCAAGAGGCUGCGGCACAAGGCCAUCGCUCGUCAAGACCAUUAGUGAACGGCGGCUCUCCCACACCCCAGAUACCCCGGAGCAUUCGCGUGUCUUCACCCACCGAAAGUACUUCAAAUGGUGUGCAAAACCCACAGUAUGCCACAUACCCUGCGCCUCCACCGCCGCCUCGGCCUCAAUUUGCAACCUUGUAUAGCCCUUCUCAAGGCACAGCUGCAAACACGUCUGCAACCCAGUCUCAUGCCCUCUUCGUGGAACUAUUACCGGCGGGCAGCGGCCAGGACAACCAGAAAUUCCAAGGCUACAUUGCCCAUAUUAAGCCCACUCGCCUGGAGCUUGUUGACCUCAACAGCCUAAAAGACCCCGCAAACACAACUUACCUUUCCUCUGACGACUCGUCUGACGCCAGUGAGGCCUCGACGGUAGUGGGCAUAGACAAGGACGGCAAGGGCAAGAGUAACGGCAAGAGCAACGGCAAGAGCAAUGGCAAGAGCAAUGGCAAGAGCAACGGCAGGUGCGAGGACGACCGCAAGAGCAAGAAAAAGUACGACAACGAAGAUGACAACAACGAUAGGGGCAUGCGCAAGGACAAGACCCGUCCGGACACUUCUCGUCCAGAUGUGCCUCCCCCAGAUAAGCCUCGUCCAGCUGCGCCCCGUCCAGACACACCUCAUCAAGACGUGCCCGACGAGGAUCCCUCCGAAAACCCCCAGUUCACCCGUCAGUACAUCCGGGAGCACUUCGGUCAGCCCGUCGUUUCUCAGCCCUACCUCAAAGGCCUCAAAGGCCACAAAAGAGUCCACUCCAACCUCAAGAACGAGCAAAGAGUCCAGCUCGACCUCAAAGGCAAGAAAAGAGUCUACCUCAAAGACCAAAACACAGCCAAACAACCUGCGCCUUGCUCUCCAUGGGAUGCCCCAGCCUCUCCCGACCGCAAGAGCAAGAAAAGAGCUUAUUUCCAAGGCCAAGAGACUGUCAAACAACCUGUGCCUUUCUCUCCAUGGGUUGGCUUAGCUUCUGUACCGCAGAAUACGUGGGCUCGAGACCGCUAUCCGUCCCCGGACGAGUCCCCUGCUCGUACUAGGUCAAGUGCAGAAUACGCAAUCUACGACGACGAAGACCGCGACGGAUUCUAUUAUGGCCCAGCUCACGACUCAAGCUCAAUGCGGCUUCGGUACUUAAACGAAGAAGAAGAAGAGCAUCUGACCAACUUCGAGAGGAUCAUGCUGCAUAACGUUACUGCUAUGGCCGGUGAGGUAGCGUAUAUAGGGGCUUCUGUUCGCAACAUGGAGAACACCAUGAGACGAUGGGAGGACGCAAGUAACGCACGGAACAACGGGAUCUUCCCUCCUACACACCAGGGGCAGCUGCCCCCGAGUGCCAUUCCUCACGACGUCUUGCCGCCCCCGCCUGCGUGCAUGCCAGUUGAACAGCAACGUCUGCGAGGAUCAGAGGCGCCCGCAGGGCCACCCGAUGCCCAGAGCUCGUCACGAAGGCCCUCAUAUCAGCCAAUGACGCCAUCUCCACGCUCGAGUCAAGUGGGCUACCGACAGACGACGGAGGAGACGACGACAGCGGAGAGGACGACGCCAACGGACGACGAUGCUGGAUGUCGGAUCCCUCGGACGACGACGACGACGGACGACGGUGCUGGACGUCGGGGCCCUCAGACCAACGAAGAACCUGGACCUGGGCCCCUUGGGACCACUGGGAAUGUAAUCUUUGGUCUCGUAGCUACUGCCUGGAUUUGCAUGACUGUCAUGAGCUGUCGCCGUUAG